GUUCCGCCUCGACCAAUGAGAUUGCGAGAACGCGGUUGCCAGUCCCAUGCUCAUAUUUCCUCGUUUGAAGCUGCAUUCUGUUUGACACAGCAGAGAUACAAGCUGCCCUUCUCCUAACCUUCACCGGCUACAGCACUUGCACACCGCCGCAAUAAAGAACCAUCAACAUGUCCAUCCUGAAGAUCCAUGCUCGUGAGAUUUUUGACUCCCGUGGGAACCCCACUGUGGAAGUAGAUUUAUACACUAAAAAAGGUCUUUUCAGAGCUGCCGUUCCCAGCGGGGCCUCCACAGGAAUCUACGAAGCUUUGGAACUCCGUGACAACGAUAAAACUCGCUACCUUGGAAAAGGGGUGUCCAGAGCUAUAAAAUAUGUUAAUGAGUUCUUGGGACCAGCUCUGUGUAAUCAGAAUGUGUCCGUUAUUGAGCAAGAGAAGAUUGACAAACUGAUGUUGGCUAUGGAUGGCACUGAAAACAAAUCCAAGUUUGGUGCCAAUGCCAUCCUGGGUGUUUCUCUGGCUGUGUGCAAGGCUGGUGCUGCAGAGAAAGGUGUCCCCCUGUUCCGCCACAUCGCUGAUCUUGCUGGAAAUGCAGAAGUCAUCCUUCCAGUUCCUGCUUUCAAUGUAAUCAAUGGAGGAUCCCAUGCCGGUAAUAAGCUGGCCAUGCAGGAGUUCAUGAUCCUGCCUGUCGGAGCAAGCAGCUUCAAGGAUGCCAUGCGCAUUGGUGCAGAGGUCUACCACAACCUGAAGAACGUCAUCAAGCAGAAGUACGGCCAGGAUGCCACCAACGUGGGAGAUGAAGGAGGCUUCGCCCCCAACAUCCUGGAGAACAAGGAAGCCCUGGAACUUCUGAAGAAUGCUAUCGGCAAGGCUGGGUACACUGACAAAAUUGUGAUCGGAAUGGACGUUGCUGCCUCUGAAUUCUACAAAGAUGGCAAAUACGACUUGGAUUUCAAAUCCCCUGACGAUCCCAGCAGAUACAUCACUCCCGACCAGCUGGCUGACCUGUACAGGGGAUUCGUCAAGGAUUAUCCAGUUGUUUCCAUUGAGGAUCCCUUUGACCAGGAUGACUGGGAAGCCUGGUCCAAAUUCACCGCCAGCACUGCAAUCCAGGUGGUUGGUGACGAUCUGACGGUGACAAACCCCAAGCGCAUUGCUAAAGCAGUGUCCGACAAAGCCUGCAACUGCUUGCUUCUGAAAGUCAACCAGAUUGGCUCUGUCACUGAAUCACUCCAGGCUUGUAAGAUGGCCCAGUCCAGUGGCUGGGGGGUGAUGGUCAGCCACCGCUCUGGAGAGACAGAGGAUACUUUCAUUGCCGAUCUGGUUGUUGGUCUCUGCACUGGCCAGAUUAAGACCGGAGCCCCAUGCCGAUCUGAGCGUCUGGCCAAGUAUAACCAACUGCUGAGGAUUGAAGAGGAGCUGGGAGACAAGGCUCGCUUCGCGGGCAGAAACUUCAGAAACCCUCUCAUUAACUAAACAAUGUGCUUCCUAGGCUCUGCUUUCAUCAUUUCAUCAUUUCAACCCAGUCUAGUUCACCAGUAAGAGAAGGGCAGCUGAAAAGGGAUGGUUGUAACGGUUGAAGGUCCAAGUUCUUACUAAGCCAUCACAAGGAAUUUCCCCAUGUGUGCAAUCUACUGCUCCGAAGGCUAAACACAGCUUCAUAGUACCAAUCACUGAUGUGCGUUUUUUUUGUAUCGUGUGAGAGACCCUGUCGUGAGUUUUUGUGAUUUUCUGUAUCUUAACAUAGUCUAUUUUAGUAAAUAGCAAAGUCUAUAUGUGCAACAAGUCGCUUACCUGAGAAAUUGUAUUGUUGCUGUAUGUGUGGCGAAUAAAAACAAUCCUGGAACCAUCAA